AUGCACAGAUUUAGGAAUUAAAGUUAAUAAAAUCCAGUCUAUUAUUACAAACCGGCCCUAUGCCCUAUGACCCUAUAAAUUUUUUUGAAUUUUUUUGAUCAUGGAAGACAUGGGACAUGGUAACCUAUGGCGUUGCUUAGCAACCGGAAUAAAUAUUUUUUAUGUUGGCACUACUAGUAGUACUAAUUUAAUUAUUGGAAACGUCAUUAUUUUAUUAGUCAUUAACCCCAAACAUUUUUUUCUGUUUUGCAAAAGACAUUUCUAGAAGUGUGGAGUAACUCUGGGCACCAACACCGACCAGAAACCGGAAACCAUAAGGGGUAGUACUAGAAAGUAUGGAACAAGACAUGUUUGCGAUGCAGUUCAAUGAAAAUAGUGAACCACCAGAUCCAAGGAUUUUUGAAAAUUCCAAUCAAAUGCUGAGUCCCGAAAAUCAAGUAGUAGAACAGGAAACAGAACAAGUCGAAAGGGAACACAUUACACAACAAGUCGAGGAAGAACACGUUACAGAACAAGUAGAAGAAACACGACAACCUUUGUACAAACUCCAGAACUUCGACACCGAGGCUUCAAUUAAAAAUGAGAUUAAGCAACUUAUCUUGACUAACGCUGCUGAAGAAAUUAGCGCGAAAGCUUUGGAAGAUAAAAGAUUUGAAGUAGAAAGAGAAAUUACAAAUCUGAGAAAUAAAACACAUCAGUUGGUGAACAAGACUGAAGAUUUACGUAAAGAAGUCGAAACAGACCACGAGAGAAUUGUGCGGUCUGAAGAAAUUUUGCUUAAAACAACUCAACUGAUUGACUUGUUGAAAGAAAACGUGGAAAAGCUUCAAGUACGUCUAAGACAAUCCCAAAUGGGCAUUUUGUUGAAUAAUAGUGUGAAACAAUAUGCAAACUUAGAAACUUUAAGAAAGUUGUAUGAACCUGAAAUUAAAAAAAAGAAAGAAAGUAUCGAGGCUCUGAAAGCUACUAGUAACGAACGCAUUCUAAAUUUAAAAGAGGAGCUUAGGCAAGAGCAGGCAGCUUUGGAAGAUCUUAAAAGAAAAUACGAAGAAAUCAAAAAGCACACGUCAAAUUACGAUGAAGAAAUUGAGAAAAGUCUGAACAACAUGAAAAUACUAGAGCAAAAACUUGCUGAAGUAGAAAUUAAGAAGAAAGCUGUAGAAAGUGAUUUCUCAAGUGAAGCAGAGAAAUACGAAUCACUGCGUACGAAGGAAGAAGACCAAAUUGCCAAGUUAACCAAAUUGAAUAAAAAAAGAAUUCAGUUGGAACAGCAUUUAGAAGAAAUGGUUGGCGAAGUUGAUCAGAUAAAAAAUAAUAUUACUGAAGUUGAAUGCACUGUUUCUAAAAGAGAACUCGAAUUGAAAGAACUUGAAGAGAAGUUAGGUGCUGAGAAAAUGAAUUUUCAGGAGAUUUCAGAUGAAUUACAGAAAAAGUUUGAUGACAUGUCUUCGCGUCUAAGUGAAAUAGCGUCGGCUGUAACCUUUUCUUUGGAAAAUAAUAAUGGGUUAUUGAACACUAUAAAUGCACUCAAGUCUAAAUACUCCCAAAUGUGUGAGGAAAAAUUAGCACUGACGAAUAAAAUCUUAAAACAACAAGAAGAGAUACAUUCUGCUAAUAUUGGUAAAAUGAAAAAACAGAUGGAAACCGAGCAUGCACGUGUCAAGUUUGAAGAAUUACAAAGACAGUACGACACAUCUGUUGCGAUGUUACAAUCUUUAAAAAAUCAGAUCACCAAAGAGAAACAACAAGUAAAUGAUCAAUUGUUGGAGGCAAAAGCAAAAUUAGAGACUGCACAAGCCGAACAUGAGAACCGUUUGUCAGAAAUGAGGAAGAAACUAGAGUACCAGUUCGCCAGUUCCAACUAUUGGACAGAAAAGUCCGAAGACUUGCAACGCGAAGCCAAUGAAGCAGAGAAAGCUUUGCAAAACCUUGAAGAAGAGAACAACUCAUUACAAGAACUUACGGCGAAAAAGCUUGCUCGGUUAAACGAGUUGAAGAAUAAUUUAGAAAACCUUAAAAACGUUACAGCGGAAGUGCCUCUUAAGUCUUUAUUUAAGUCACCUAACGCACAAAAUGUCCCCAAGAAAGUUAAAUUUAACGAACAAUUGUCGUUCAAGUCAGCCACAAGUAGCGAAAAUUCUUCUUUGCCUGUGGAGAAAACAACAGCACGUCCAGGACAACUGGAUAACUCUUUCGAAACAUGGUUGAAAAACUUUCAAGCUGACAGCGACGAAAGUUCGGAUAAAGAAUAUUAAAGUCAAAGGGUUAUUUCGUUCGUGUAGCAUUAGUGAUUUAGUUACUGUUAUUGUUUAAAUUUUUUGAUUAAAUAAUUUUUUUCAA